GCAUGUGACAGAGAAGAGAACCUUCUCUGCCCUUCCCUGCCCCCAUUCCGAGUUGCGUCUACUCCGAGUAAGGGAGAGCUCGACCUCGUCUUCUCUUCUUCCUCCUCCUUUGUCCAUUCGGUCAACCGCCGGUGACAGUGGGUGCGUCCUCGCCGCUGCUGGACGUUGGGUCACGAGAUUUUUCCUCUCCUCCCCGAUUUCCACCGAUGCGUCUGCUACCGAGAGAGUGAGGGGGGAGAAAGCUCGUGUUGCUUCUGUUCUUUCCCGUCGUUCUUCCUCUUCUCGUCGCUGGUGGGUGUGUGAGGAGCGAGAUCCACAGCUGCGGGAGGAAGCCGACCAGAAUGCGAACUCUUCUUCCUCCUCUGUUCGCAUCAGACUCUUCUUCUCUUCUUAUGCCCUGUCCCACCCUGUGCACCGCUGGUGUGAUUGAGGGAGCUUCGGUUUCUUCUGCUCUGUUGCCAAUCAUCUAAUGGAACAAGAUUUGCUUGAAGAGAAAAGAAAAGGAGCUGUGGAAACAAGAAGACAUCAUAUUGAAGACUUCGAGUAGGCUGGCCUCAAAGUAAUUUGUUUGUCGUCAGGCUAACGAAGGCCAAAGAGGAGCUUCAUCCCCAACAACACCCCCCCAAAAAAAAAAAAAAAGAACAGAGAAGAAGAGUGAUAAUUGCUAGUUGCGACCUGAGGAGUUGUCAGGCAUGUCAUGGCAUUUCGAUCUCUGCGAUUUCCAGGAAUUUUUGCAUACUCCAACAAAGCCAGGUAUCCAUUUCUGUAUAAGCUUGCCUCCUUUCCUUCUUUUCCUUUCUCAUCUGCACAUCCUCCUCCUUUGUGUCAUCCGGACCAGGAAUUGUUGCCUAAUCAAACAAAUAAUCACCUCAAUCUCAAGGAACGUUUCAUUCUUGAAAAACUUUCUGAUCUCUUACCAAUUACUCGCAAUGUGAGUUUGACCCUAUUGGAUCACCCUAAAUCAGAGGAAACUGAGUUGAAUGUUUGUAAAGCACAAAAAGAAAUGAAAUCUGUUGAUGGGUUUUUGUUGCCUGAAGAGAAAUUGCGAGGGGUUUUUCUUCAGAAGUUAAGGGGUCAAACUGCAAUUGAGAGCGCUUUAUUGAAUACUGGUGUUGAUAUGAACGUUGAAGUUCUUGGCAAGGUGGUGAACUCUGGGAAUCUGGGUGGUGAGGCCAUGGUUACUUUUUUCAAUUGGGCGGUAAAACAGCCCAUGGUGCCCAAGGACAUUGAUAGCUACCGGGUUCUUAUCAAAGCAUUGGGUAGAAGGAAACUUUUUAAGUUUAUGAUGGAAUUGUUGUAUAACAUGAAGAUGGAAGGCAUAAGACCGGAUUUACCUAUGCUGUCCAUUGUAAUUGAUAGCUUUGUCAGGUCUGGCCGUGUUUCUAGAGCAAUUCAAAUAUUUGGAAACAUGGAGGAUAUUGGGUUGGAACCUGAUACAGAGGCCGCUAAUGUGCUUUUGCAGUGUCUUUGCAGGCGAUCUCAUGUUGGUGCUGCAAAUUCUGCUUUCAAUUCAAUGAAAGGGAAAAUACCUUUCAAUAUUACAACAUACAAUGUUAUCAUUGGUGGUUGGUCUAAAAUUGGUAAAUUAAAUGAGAUUGAAAGAGUUCUGAGAGAAAUGGUAGCUGAUGGGUUUACUCCUAGUUGCACAACUUUCACUUGCCUUCUUGAGGGUUUGGGAAGAGCUGGUCGAAUGGAUGAUGCUGUUAAGAUUUUCCAUGACAUGGAAAAGAUAAAUUGCAAACCAAACACAAGCACCUAUAAUGCAAUGAUCUCCAAUUUUCUAUCAAUCCGAGAUUUUGACGAAUGCAUGAAAUAUUAUAAAAUGCUUCUGAGUGAUAGCUGUAAACCUAAUGUUGAUUCAUAUUACAGACUAAUUACUGCUUUUCUUAAAGCACGAAAAGUGGCUGAUGCACUUCUGAUGUUUGAUGAGAUGCUGAGUCAAGGGAUUGUUCCUUCUACUGGAACUAUAACCUCCUUCAUGAAGUAUUUAUGCAGCUAUGGUCCACCUUAUGCUGCUUUGAUGAUUUACAGGAAGGCAAGAAAAGUAGGGUGUGUGAUAUCGAUGGAUGCGUAUAAGCUACUUCUCAUGCGCCUUUCUGAGUUUGGUAAGUGUGGAAUGAUGUUAAAUAUAUGGGAGGAAAUGCAAAAUUGUGGUCAUUCUUCAGAUGCGGAGGUUUAUGAGUAUCUGGUAAGUGGUCUUUGCAGCGUAGGACAGCUUGAAAAUGCUGUUCUUGUUAUGGAGGAGUGUAUAGGCAAAGGAUUCUGUCCAAGCAGGCUUGUAUAUAGUAAAUUAAGUAAUAAACUGCUUGCUUUAAAUAAGGUUGAUAGAGCUUACAAGCUUUUUAAGAAGAUCAAGAGUGCUCGUGCCAAAGAAAAUGCAAGAAGAUAUUGGCGUGCAAAUGGUUGGCACUUUUGAAGCUGGUAUUUUCGUUGGCAUCAUUUGGAUAUCUUGCAGUUUCUUAUUUUCUUCUCACAACUGGUCUUUGGUUGCCUUCUUGGAAACAUGAUUAUUCUAGCAUGCCUUUGCAUUGAGUUCAACGAUUUUGAAGAUUAAUUCCUAUACAUGUCCCAUGAUCAUACAACAAAAGAUAACAUCCAUAUUGAUUUUGCAGAAGAAAAAUUUGGCGUGGAAACAUCUACUGAUGUUAAAAUGUUAGAAAAUUGAUUAAUGUGGUUUAGACAUGUGCAAACAAGGCUGUUAGAGGUCCCAAGAAGAAAAGCUGAGUAAAUGGUUCGAGCCCUAUAAAAAGAUAUAGAAAUCAAAAAGGAUAUUCAAAGAAGUUAUCAAAUUUAGCAUCUUGGUGAGUGAUAUAUUUAAAAAGUGAUAUAUUUAAAUGAUAUGGCGUAAUUUAUGUAGCUGGCUGAUAAAGCUUUUUAUGCUGUUACUCUUAUACACGUGUUUAGGAAUUUCUUUCAUUUAUGUAACAUUAUGCUAAAUUCAGGAUUAAAUUGUAUUUGCAGUUUGUGAAUUCAUAAUAGAAAGUUGAGGGAAUACUAGAUGAUUGUUUUGUAAAUGGUCUUUCUGAUCCAGUAAAUUACAUAAUCGGAGAACCUACAGUUUUGAA